AUGUGUCAAAGAUCCGUCCUUCGGUACCUAAGGCACUCACACGCCCAAUCUGACACUUCUCACUUCCUUAUCCACUUUUCUGAACCAGAAUUAGCGGCAACAUCGACUGAGCAUCUUCUUUCGUCCUGCUUUUCCAACAAGCCCAAGAUCCUUGAAGCUACGGAGGAAGUCAGGACUUCAGAGAGAGCUGUUGAGCUGCGACCCGUAUGGAGGACUAGCUCUAAUGACUCUCGGAUAGUGGAGCCAUCGCCUGCUACUGGAUUGGAUCUCGGCCUUCUUCCUUGUCUCCUGUCUCAUCCGAGUGCCGACAUGUGGGAUAGCGCGGUGAUAUUGGGGUCGCAGACCAACGCUAAGCUGGCCGUAGCCGAACUAGGGCGUUUCGUCUAUGCUGGACAGUUUUGGUUUCUUCUUCUCAAGAGCGCAAGUGCUCCAUUAUUCUUUCCCUCCAGCCACGGGGCGUUGAGUACGCUGACUCAGGGCAUUUCAUGUCCCGAAGAAUUUGACACGAACGAUGUGAAUGCAUCCAACCGCGAACGCUUCGCUCGCGGAUGCACGUUUUAG